AUGACUGAAUUCGUGGCCUCCGCCGCGCAAAUCACUGAGUGGAUGGCCUGGUACGCCAUCCACCUCGUCACCAUCACACACCUUAACGCAGUCUACGAGAACUGCCUCAAAAAGUACCAGAACCACGAAAAAUAUUCCCCAGACAAACAACCACCUCGAAACCCCAACUCCUUCAUGGUCUUUCUCGCUGCUUUGGCACGGUUAGGCGCUAAAGCGCCGAGCGAAGAAGGCUGGGGGAGGAUUGCCGGAACGAUCUGGCGCCACCUUUCAGCUGCAGAGAGACGACCCAUAGAAGAAAUGGCCCAGAAGAUCAAGGAGACACAUAUCGACUUUUUCCCUCUCUAUGUCUUUCGGCCACAGAGGAAACUUCACACGCGUCCGGAAGUUGACGAGGCAGAUGGCGGGAGAGGCUCUGCUGGACCACAGAGACGGGUGAAAACGUCUCACGACAGAAGGGAAAAGGCGCCAUAUUCAAGCCCAACGCCAGGAAAAACGGUCGAAAUCGGGGAAUGUCAACUUUCGUCCUAUAUCCCCGACGAUUGCACGCGGCAGGAUUAUUCGCACCAACCCAAUCCCGUCACUUCCCAUCCUCCCACUUCCGCCCCUGGCGGAUCACACUUUCAGGGCUCGUACGACGACGCGGCGUCAUCAUCAGCCUUCCCAUCCUCAGCAGCACCCGCGCCCGUCAUUGCUUCCACCUCGGCCACCCAUACCUCGUUCCCGCAUACCACCACUUCACCACGCCCCGCUGUCACUGUCGCCGUCGCACCAGCUUCCCCGACUCCCCCUUUGUAUGCCACCCCAGGCGCUCGCGUGGCGCACGAAGGCGGUUCGUCCGCCCGUGAACCAUUCUCGCGCACCUACUAUCGCGCCGCCUCUGCCCCCGCCUCCCUUCCCACUAUCUCGUACAUCGCGCCACCGCUCGCCCCACAGGCUGAUAGCCCACAUCAUGAUGUACGCGGGGGUGGUCGGAGUUAUUCCCCGUAUGCGUCACCGUCGGCGAGCUGGGACAAUGCUCCGAUUGCCCAGCAGCCUAACUCGUCACCACCCAACGUCCCAUUCUCUCUGCCUCCUUUUUCGACGUUCCCUCCCCCCUCUCCGCUCCCAAGCACAUCGUCGCACCCACCAGCGACUUCGCAAUCCGACGCUCGUGUCUCCCAACGGAACCUUGAUCCAGGCCGAGUCUUCGGCCCGUACAUCAACGAAGACGCAUUUGCGACCUCUGCUUACGACCACGGGGACGCACCUAUGUACCAUCACCACCCUGGGUACUCCCCAGUAGCUCCCCAAGCGGACACUUGGCCCAUUCCAACUGCUGAAACGUCUCAGGGAUCCAUUUUUGAUCCAUUCUCGUGGAUGAUGAGCCCAAGCCAAGGUGCUGCGGGUUGGUCGCAGGAGGUGUACGAUUCGUUUACGGGUGUUUUUCCUUGGAGAAGGUGAGGAAGGCGGAUUGGGGAGGUCGCGAAAAAGGUUCGUCGUGUUAUACGUCUGUUCUAUCUCGUCUCGUCAAUUGUUUCUCGCUCGGACAAUCGUUCUCAGUGUCGUUGUCUCCUCGUUUCUAUCGGUCGUCUGUCUUGCUCGUCAUGUUGCCUCGUUUAUUGUUUUCCC